GCAUGAUAAGAUUGAGGAAGGAUAUUGUUGUAGCAGGUAGGAUUGUGAUGGUAAAAACAUGUAUUAUCGCAGAUAAUACAUUGAAGGGUGAUGAUGGUGCUACAGAUGGUAAUGAUGACGACGGCGAUGACCACGGAGAACUGACUUUAACUGUAAAAAAAAUGCGUUAUAUAUUUUUUCCUUCGCGCUGUUUGCUUUAAUACAGGUAUGUAUUGUAUAACCAUCUGGACAGAACAAUCAUUCAUUAUGGUAGUGGACGAGUGACAACAGCAGGUUUCGCACAUACGCACCUCUAAUAUAUAUAUAUAUAUAUAUAUAUCACGCAUAAAGGAAGAGUCCUGUGGGACUAAUAGCAUUUAGUGAAGAUCGCUGUCAAAUGCAGGCCAGUCCAGGUUACAGAGCUUGUCCAUACAGCAAGGUGUGUGCUAGCGAUACACUAAGUUAGUUUUUGCCAGUUGAAGCACGGCUGUCAGUAUCAUCGUCAGCUUCUAAUUUUCCCUUUCUGUUUUUCUCACACGAAAACGUAUGACACACACAUACGUCAUUAUUAAGUGAGUGAGUGAGAGAGAGAGAGCGACCUGCCUAUCUGUUGUCACGGUUCAAGAGUCCAAGACAUGCUUUUGCGAAGAUGCCUUCGACAUUUUCCACUUUCGCUCUAGUAAAGAAGCUGUGAAUGACGCGAACGUGCUCGCCAAUACUCUUAUAGAUAUAUAUGUAUAUACCCACGCGCGCGCACACACACACACACAUACAUUGAUACAUACAUGCUGACCACUAAUCUACACGGACGAGUACAUGUCUACGCACAACACCGUUCCAAGUCUGUAUCACCAUUAAAGUAGUCGUUUUCCUGCUUGAAUAUAUCCAUCUUCUGUCGCUCAAGCUUUGUCGAAGACAAAUCUACUUUACGUAUGUGCACAGCGUACAGCAAACACGUUUUUUUUUUAUAUGUGCACAGCAACCUGGGUGCCGACGGAAGCUUAUACCUAAAACCCAGAAAGCGGCGGUGUUAUGACGGAAACAUACUAGGGUACAUUCACAUAGCAGCAGUGUGUGAAAUUUGACAAACAUGAGAAGAUAUGUAUUCGUAAAAUACUAUUUAGCGACAAAACAGAAUAACAAAGGAUGAAUGAAAAACAAUUUUGGCAUGUAGACAUUGAAGAUGCUUUUUUAACUUCACAUUGCAUCAAUGUUGCCGUUUGGUGGUGGUCAACAACCACAGAGGUCAGUCAUUCGUCCGGACAUGGUGUGGAUUGUGUCGGUGGGAAGUAGACCAGAUUCGAACUGUGGACAGAUUCCACAAAAUCCAGAGUUGACGACCUCCUCUGACAGUGAAAGUGAAGAAAAUUCUGCAAGCCAAAAUGAUAAAGUAUUAACAGAUGAUAGCCAAUCUGACAAAAACUCUGCUUCUAGGAUUUCUAUACCUAUAACAUAUGCUGAACCUUUUACAGACACAUUAACUGAUGGAGAUUCCAGUUCUGUUGGAAGUAAACAAUCUUUGGACAGCGAAGAUUCAGGUUCAUCACAUGAACAACUGGUGACUUCGGCCUCCAGUCAAAGUACAUUGCAGAUGAUGAACACCAAAAAAUGGCUUGGUCUGAAGUCUGGAGACAAAAAUUUUCGCCAACAAUUAGAUGGAAUAUUUCAAAAUGAUAAAAAGCCAAAGAAACCAAAAACAAGGAAGAAAUCUGAUGCUGAUUCGUUAUCUGAACAAGAGGAUGAUCAAAAUGUUGAAUCAACUGAUCAAUUAUCAGAAUGUGGGAAGGAAAAUUCAGUGAUUCAAUCCCCUUUAUCUAAAAAGACUCAUACUUUACCUCGUUCCUUCUCUUGUGAUGAGCGCCAGCCUCCAAGACAUCAACAGAACAGUACUCGACAGCGAACAGAGAUUAACAACAAUGUCCACCGACGAACUUGUCGUUACCUUUCUGAUUCUUCGGUUCCACCACGUUCUACUACAACUGGGAUACAACGCCAGCUCUCACAACAUACAAGUCGGAAGGUAACCAGAUCACCAGUUUCAACAACUAAAAGACUUACCAAAAGUCAGCAUAAUCUUUCACAAAAUAUCGAUUAUGCAAAUCGCUCCCAGAGUCUUGGGGAUCUGACAAGUGAGCCCAGGCUAUCAUUACCCAACAGUUCACAGAAAUCUCAUGAGCCUGCUUCCACAAGGCUUUCCUCUGCAUCUUCCAGCCGAACUUUAACAAGCACUUUAAGUAGGACCACUUCUCGAUUAACGGCACAAAAGACAGCAAGUGGCCUCUAUUCCCAUCGACUUGAUAAAACUAAAUCACUUCAAGAUUCUCAGUCUCAUAGUUUAGACACACUAAAUAGUUGUAAAAAAACACAAUCAUCUGAUACUUUGCAUCGCAAUCUAUCUAAGUCAUCAUUACAAUAUUCCAGCCGACCCGUAUCAUAUAUGAUUCAUGACAAUCAGCAUCCACACUCCUCGACAUCACACUUAAAACAACAAAGUCCUCAGGUACAUAUACAAAAACAUGAAGCACCUCUACAGAAAACUGUAUCAGAUGGUCAACAACGUUAUAGAAGUACAAAAGUUUUCCACCCACAGAAUGCAUCCCUAUCUAGACAAAUCAAUAAAAUUUCGAAAGCCAAUUCUGUCCCACAACAAGAAAGUCACAAUCUUUACAAUGACCCACCAAAACCAGUGACUCAAAUCCAUACAUUUUCUAAAAGUAAUGUUCUUGAUCAACAUCGAAAAUAUGGAAGUACUGAUUCUAUUAACAAACUUAAACCUAGAAGGAGUUUACCACGUGUUCCCAGUCAAAGUAUAGAUGAAAAACGCCGUAAGUUCACAGAAUUGAUGAAGCAGCGAAUUUUAUUGUGUAGUGCUGGAAGUUCAAACAAUAGCCAGCAUGCUGAUACACCUUUAGACUAUGAAGUCUCUUCUCUCCUCUCUCUAAAUGACAUUGAUACUGAUGAUAACUGCUCAGAUAAACUAAAAUUUAAACCUAUUGAAAGUGCUGCAGAUGUUUGGAAGUUCCGAAGUUUACAAGAUCUUUCAGUUGAAACUAAUCUUCAUCAGAGCCAACCUCCAGUUGAAUGGAAACAAGUUGUGCCUGUGGUCUGUGUUGAGAACUCUGACAGUAAUCUUACAAGCCAGAUAAAUGCUCGUUCUCACAGCAGCACUGUAGAUUCUGGCUAUAGUACUAUUGACACAGAAAUUGAGCCAUCUCAUUCUUCAAGUAAACUCAAAGCACCUGGCUACUACAAACCAGAAUUUGACAAAAGGCUAGUGAAAACUAAAGAAUAUGGCUCAGUUGAUUGCUUGAAAGCAAACACACUUUCAACAAGUAAAAGCUACCUCUACCAACAUUCUCUGAAAUCGAAGCAUGAGCAAGAAUAUUCAACUCUUUUAUCUGCAAAGUCAGCUUCUUUAUAUAAUGGCAGCAAAUGGGAACCAAAAAGCCUAUCAAGUCAAACACUUUACUCUAGGUCUUCCAGAAAGUUAGAUAAUCCACACAUAAUUCUAGAGACUUCAAAGUCUUUUUCACAAACUAUGAGUCCUAGGAAAACUAACAUUACUACUACUAAUAGUAUCAAUUCUAUAUCAAGUCCCACUCAGUCUGGAAGCAAGUCUCCAGUAACCCCAACUCCUGAUUCUGUGCCAAAUGCUAGUCUUUAUCAGUUGAUACAAAUGUAUAACCUUUAUCCUACUCAAGUGGAUGUUUACAAUCUUUGUAUAUCAAAGUUUAUUUCUCUUGAAAGAAAAACCAUACAUUUACCUACAUCAACUAGCUUUGGGAAAUCUAGUCCCUGUAGUAGUGGAGGGCAGCCGAGUGUACCCCAGGGGAAAUAUGCUAAACUUGGUGGUCCUGGAAGUGCCUUCCGGCCAGUACGGGGCUGUAGUGCAAGUUUAUCUAGCAUGUGUGAAGUAAGCAUGACUGCUAUAAGGAUUAAAUCUGACUGUAUAUCACCCCCUCCACUAGAAUUGUUAUCUAUUGAAGAUGGAGAUCUUAUUGUAGAGGUAAAUGGGAUAGUUGUCCUUGAUGAAAGUAUCAAAGCUAUCCAGAAGAUAAUUGACAAUGUCACCGAUUCAUUGCAGCUAAUUCUAGCUCAUCCAAAACAGGCUAUUGGCUGUCGGAGUUUGUCCAGUUGUUCCAAUAUUUCUGCUGCAGAGGAUAUCCAAACCUUGAAGGAACGUAUUAAACUGCUAUUGACUGAAUUAGAUCAUAAAGAGAAAGUGAAUCGAGAAAGAAACUCUGCUCCCAAUCUCCUCUCUUCUUCUUCUUCUACACCAUCAAAUCACUCGUCGUCUUGGUUAGGACCCUCUCCUAACCGAACUGAACAUCGGCAAUAUUAUGAUGACUGGGAAAAGAAUCUAGAGUCUAUUAAACUUGGGGAAGAUGAAUUUGUAGUAUAGCUGCAAAUGACUAAAGCAGAGUCUAUAGUAGUGAUGAUAUGUAAUAUCAUUUAUUAUUUUCAUAACUUAUUAAAUAAAACGCAGGACGUGCCUGAUAUUAUUUUCUGGAAGUCCUUAAAAGGUUUUA